GCGCCGGCAGGCCGGCUGAAUGCAGGCAGCAGCAGCAGAGAGCAGCCAGACAGUAGACCGUCGGCGUCGUUCGUUGGGCGUGUCACGAGAGAAGCCUCCACAGCCCGGCCAGCGCGCACCCACAUUCCAGUCAACAGCCAUGAGUCCACGGGGUGUUCCCACUGUGGUGCCGGCGGCCAACUUCAGCGCCGCCGACGACGGCGCCGCGCUGCGCGCCGCCAUGAAGGGCUUCGGCACGGACGAGCAGGCCAUCAUCGACAUCCUGACGACGCGCUCCAACGCCCAGCGCCAGGAGAUGGCGCGCUACUUCACCACCGAGUACGGCAGGGACCUGAUCGAUGACCUCAAGAGCGAACUUGGCGGCCACUUCGAGGACGUGGUGGUGGCCCUGGUGCGGCCGCCGGCGGACUACCUCUGCAAGCAGCUGCACAAGGCCAUGGAGGGCAUGGGCACCAACGAGCACACCCUCAUCGAGAUCCUCUGCUCCAGGUCCAACUCGGAGGUGCAGGACCUCGUCACCGCCUACGAGCGCCUGUACGACCGGCCCCUGGCCGAGCACAUGUGCAGCGAGACUUCGGGAGACUUCCGCCGGCUGCUGACCCUCAUCGUCACGACGGGGGCUGACGCCAAGAAGCCGGCCAACAAGGAGGCUGCCGUGCAGCUGGCCACCGAGCUGCAUAACGCAGGCGAGGGCAAGCUGGGCACGGACGAGGAGGUGUUCAACCGCAUCCUGGCGCACGAGAGCUUCGACCAGCUGAGGCUCAUCUUCGAGGAGUACAAGAACGUGUCGGGCCGCACCAUCCAGCAGGCCAUCCGGGACGAGCUGGGGGGCGAGCUCAAGGAGGCCAUCUCCACCAUCGUGGAGUGCGUCCAGAACCCGGCGGCCUUCUUCGCCGAGCGGCUGCACAAGGCCAUCGCGGGCGCGGGCACGGACGACGAGACCCUCAUCAGGAUCAUCGUGAGCCGCAGCGAGAUCGACCUGGGCGACAUCAAGCGCGAGUACGAGCGCCUGUACGAGAAGACGCUGGAGAGCGCCGUCAAGAAUGAGUGCUCUGGCGACUACAAGCGCACGCUGCUCGCCCUCAUCGGCGGACCCUGAGCCGCCCGAACCGCAGGGCGAAACACGAGAGCGGGUCUUCAUUAUUUAUAGAUUUUUAUUUUACAUGUAUUUCUACAAAAUUUAAAUAUAAAUAUGUAUAAAUAGGAA